CAGCCGCCACACCUCUCCCCUUUCACCCUCGUCCGCUCCACAUCUCUCAAAACCCUAAUCCCUCCUACGAAACACUCUGUAGCUUCGCCUCUCCGCCGCCGGCAACACUGAAGAGAGUGAUGGCGGCGACCACCAUAUCGUCCUGCACAACGCAGAUGCUGCGAGGCGCGCACCGAUUCAAGAUCCGCCAGUACAGCUACGGGAAUGUUGGUACGGACGUUAACGCCGAUGGUUUCAUCCGUUCCAGCACCUUCAGGGUUGGGGGAUUCGACUGGGCUAUCUUGUACUACCCGCAUGGUUACGGGGAUGACAGCGAGGGAUUCAUAUCGGUUUUCGUUGAGUUUAUGAGCAAGUAUGAUGGGGCGACGGCGCUCGUUGACCUGAGGCUGAUCAAUCAAGUCACCGGAGAGCCCAAGUCGUGGUGUUCAUUCUUCAGAGAGGAUGAGGAUCCGAUUCGGUUCAAGUCUGACAGUUUUGAAGAGGCUACAUGGGGAAAAGAGAGGUUUAUAAGAAGGGAGGCAUUGGAGGAUUCAGUGUAUGUCCGAGAUAACUGCCUUGUGAUUGAAUGUGUCAUCACUGUUUUAGGCGAAUUAAGGGUGUCUGAAACCAAAGCCUUAUGUGAAGUUCAUGUGCCUCCGCCUAACGCGCUACAGCAUUUUGGGAAGAUGUUGGAGGACACGUCUACAACAGAUGUGACCUUCAAAGUUGAACAAGAAACAUUUGCUGCACACAGGGCAGUGCUUGCUGCAAGGUCAUCGGUCUUCCAGAAGCAGCUCAGUGAACCCAUGAAGAAGAAGAGCCACAUAACCAUCAAUCGCAUGGAACCGACAGUUUUCAAGGCUCUGCUCCAUUUCAUUUACACUGAUUCCUUGCCUAAGAUGGAUGAUCUCGAUAGAGAUGAAAAUAAUGCUGUGCUCCAGAGUCUACUUGCAGCUGCGGAUCAGUAUGAUUUAGAGAGGUUGAAGCUUAUGUGUGCACGCAUUUUGUGCACGGACCUUGAUGUGGAGAAUGUGGCUGGUGUGCUGUGGCUGGCUGAUAAGUACAACUGCCAGAAGCUUAAGGAAGCUUGCGUCGAUUUUAUGGAUUCUUCCAACAGAAUCGAUGCUGUGGUGGCAAGCCAAGGGUACCAGCUUUUGAAAAGAAGUUCUCCCUGUCCAUUAACAGAUGCUUGGGAGAAGAGGAGCCGUGCUCGCAUAAGCUUUCGUUAGAGGACAAGUAAAAGCUACAAUGCUACG